UUUUUUCUGGCUCCACCAUUUGUUUUGAAUUAUAGAAAUGUGAAAAAAGAUUGAAUAAUGGCAAAAAAUACAGCAUCAGAUUUAUCAAAAUGUCACAGACCAUUUGUUUGUGGGUUAUGUAUGUCUGGUUUUAACAAUAUUGACCUCUUUCACACACACUUCAAAAAACAUUGUGAUACAGUGAAGAAGGAAUGUUUUCAUGCCUGUGAUUUAAAGGAGCUUCCAAUGGUACCUAGACAGGAAGUUCUUGUUGGUUCAGACCUUCAAACUGGAACAUUUACUUGUAUGGGGUGCUCACAUGCAUUUCCAACCAUUUGCCAGCUGCACAAACAUCUAUCUGCUGGUUCAGUCACCACUGGCUCAUACGUUGUCGACAUUAAAUCGUCUUCAGCCUUUCCAACUUUGAAUGAAUGUCCUGAUAAGAAAAGAAAUUUAGCAGAAGGAGGAAACAAAAGUUUGAGACGAAGUUCAAGAAGUUCAAGAAGUUCAACAAGAAAUACCGGUAAGAAUAAAAAAUCGGAUGAAAAUCAUAUACCAGGCAAUGGUAGCAGUUUUCAAGACUCAAAUGAUGUCCCAGUUAGACCAUCAAAUGAUCCACAUAUUGCAACAAAGAAUUCAAAAGACAUGACUAAUAAAAAUGAUGGCGAAGCUUCGGAGUUUAUUGAACCUGAUGAAAGAAUCACUUCUGAAAAUUUGAAAGCUAAAGAUGGUAAUCUUUACAAGAAACAGCGUGAUGAUAAUGAUGGUGCAGGCGAAGCAGAGGUGACGUUUGCAGCACUGCAUGACUUGCAGAUCAAAGGCUUACAAAAUGAAUUUGGUAGUCUGAGUAAUGGAGGUAUGUUAAAAUGUAUGGUUAAAUUUAAAACUUUCCAGAAGUUUUCUGAUAAAGGAUGCCAAGUUAACAUGUCUGAAGAAAGUUUUGAUGAAAGCUUGAUAGAAGUGUCUGUUGAAAGAAAUUCAAAAGACAGAAAACACAGAAAAACGAUGAAUACUAGGAACUGUGUUAAAGAAAUGAAAAAACUAACGCAUGAACAAGUAAAUAAUACAUUAAAUAAGACUGAAAUUAAAGUAAAAUGCCCACUUGUUACAAAGCCAGCAAAUUCUAUUGAAGCAAAUGAUACAUUAUCAGAAGAUUCAUCAGCUGACUCUGUAAUUGAUAUAAAUCCAGAUACUGAAUCUUCCACACCAGGAGAUACAUCUACUGACCAAGAUAUGGUUGGGGAAGAUAAAGCUGAUGAAUGUGAAAUAUCUGACAAAAACACUGACGGUGAUGAUGAUGAUGACUAUGUUGAUAAUAAAGAUGAAACUGUUGAAUCAGACAUAGAACAAGAUGAAAAUGCGAAGAAACGAAUAUUUCCAGAAAAUGACUUUGCUAGUGAAACUGUUGGAAAAAAGAAAUUUCUCUUUUGUGAAAUAUGUUAUGAGAAGUAUGAACAAUGUUAUCUUAUCAAACAUAUUGAAGGAUGUCAUACUGAUGAAGAGUUAACAGAAUCGUUCCGACAAAAGCUGUUGAAAUUAACAUUAUUUUUCAAGAAUAAAAGUAAGAAGAAAACACCUGAUAACAAAUGUAAGAGAAGGAGAUCAGUAAAGCCAAUUAAUGAGUCUGUUUCUGCAUCUAAUGUUCUGAGUGGUAAUAACUCAACUGAACUGGGACUAGAUAAGUCUACAGAUUGUCAAGAUAGCGGUCUAGUGUCUGAAGAAGCACAGGAUAAUGAUGACAACGGGUUUGAGGAAUCUGGUAACGAAACAGAUGCAACCGUUGAAAAAUUGUCAUUAAAAACCGUUUUUAGAAAAAUUGAUAAACAUUGUACACAGCAAGCUGUAAAAACUACAAAGAAAAAGUUUUUUCCUUGCAAAAUAUGUGGUGUUCUGAUUCAAAGUUACAAACUACAGGAACAUGAAGAAAUGCAUAAAACAAAAGCUGGGAAAGUUUUAUUUAGUCCAAAGAAUCUUGAGGAGUGUAAAACAUGUGGGAGAGUUUUAUUGAAAAGAAGUUUUGCGAAGCACACAUGUCUUCUUAUAAAUACAGUUGAUAGUAAUGAAAUAGACACAACAGUAAGUCAAGCUGUACACCCUAAUUCCUCACCUCAGACCAGUAGAGGAACAAAGAAGCUUAAAAAAAUGCUAAAUGUUAAAACACAUAAAUCUAAUGGAAUAGAAAGGAAAGAUUUGAUACAUGAUGAAACAAAUUUUUAUUUUGAAUCUGUUGAAACUGACUCUGUUGAUAGUAAAAAACUUAACGAUACACAUAAUUCAGAUGCUACUUUAACACAUAAACUAAAUGAUAACAAAACAAAAGCUUCUUCAAAGGAAGCUGAUCUUAACGAUUCAUGUGCUGACAAACCAAAUUCUAGUUUCUGUUCAUUCAGCUCAAGUCCAGAGUCAGAAGAAGAGAGUCAACAAUCUGAUAAAGCUGAAGAAGCAUUGCAAAAGAAAACAGCAACUAGUAAAACUAAGGCAGAUUCUACUAAAAAUACAGACCUAAUUAAGAAGUAUUUUGCAGAAUGGUCUACAAAUUCUGUUAAAAGGAAAAAGUUUGUUACAUGUAAACAGUGUGGUAUGUAUGUAAAGUAUGAUAGGCUGAGAAAACAUGACGAUUUGCAUAGAAGAUGUCCUCAAAGAUUUGAGAAAUUGGUUGAAUGUCAAGAGUGUGGAAGAAAGAUGUUUCGAGGGAACUUGAACAAACAUCAGUGUACGACUGGUUUAAAAGUCUCAGAGGGGAAAUAUAAGAGAAAGGCUUGUAGUAAGGAUGAUGACCAUGUACAAAGUGAUAAGGAACAGCCUGUAGAUGGUGAGAUGGGUGAUGAACAGUGUACAUCUCCAAGAAAGGCGCAGUCUAAAGAUGAAAAGAAAGCACAAAAAAAAAAGAGCAAGAGUCAAAGAUGGCUGUGCUAUGAAUGUGGAAAAAGCUUCAAAACUGAAAGAAGCUUUAUCAGUCACCGAGACAGGAACCAUAAAUUGUUGGUGUUCAUGUGCCAUAUAUGUAUGAAAAUGUUAAGCACGGCUGCUGCACUGGAACAACACAUGAAAAUACAUUCUGAUAUCAAACAACCAGGGUCUGAACAAGGCAAAUUACUGUUGAAGACUGCUAGAGUUAAACAUGCAAGCCAUCCACAGAGCAAGAUAACAUCACCUAAGGCCAAUCACUCAAAAUCCCAGGAUGCUUCGUCACAAGGUCCUCGUAUACUGGCCACUUCCGGUGUGCAGGCCACAUCCAGUAGGCAAGCCACUUCCUGUGUGCAGGCCACACGGGUAUGGAUUCCAGGACAAGCAGAGACGAAUAAAGCUGUGGAAUCAAUUCUAGUUGACAACUCACACCAUGAUUUGAUGAUUUCUCCAUUGCCUUCUAUCAACUUUUCAAAUAAUACAAUAGACAAUUCCUUGUGAAAAUAGGCUUUCUUAACCUUUCUCCAGAGACACAAGAUUAAAAAGAUGUCUAAUGUGUGGGCUCAGCAUUAUGAAAUACUGUAAAAUCAUUAAUAUUCUUGGGGGACUGAUUUUUGUGGAUUUCGUGGUUGAGUCAAUCCACGAAAUUUAAUCCCAACGAACAAGUAAAAUUCCCAUUCAUUUUAUGUUCCAAAGUUGAA